CCGGUCACAUUUUGACAUCAUCCUCCAAACAAUUGAAAUCCGCACAGCGCAGCACAAGAUGGUGGUGUUGAGCUUCUGAAUUUACAGGGGUUUCUCAGGAGUUUUGAGCAUUUUUGUAGAUCAGUCGCCACUAUGAUUGUGCAGGAACCUGUUCAGGCUGCUAUAUGGCACUGUUUGCAUCACUAUGCUUUUAAUGAUGCAAUUUUUCUAGCUGAAAGACUUUGUGCUGAAGUGGAAUCGGAUGAAACUCUAUUUCUUUUAGCAACAUGCUAUUAUCGUGCUGGGAAGCCAAAUCAGACUUAUGCAGUUCUUAGAGGGAAAGGAGCAAGCUGCCCUCAAUGUAGAUUUCUUCUUGCCAAAUGUUGCAUGGAUCUCCAAAAGUUGUCUGAAGCAGAAAGUGUUUUGACAGGAGGUGAUAUAUUAAAUUCAAAGACUUUGGACAAAGUUGUUUCUGAUUUUGGUGAUCAAGCCUCCUUUGCACUGCAACUUCUAGGGAAAAUAUGUACUCAAACUGAAAGAGGUUCCUGUGCUGCUGAAGCUUACAGCAAGGCUCUGAACUUAAAUCCUUUUCUGUGGCAAGCUUUUGCCGAGCUCUGUAAUAGGGGUGAAAAACCAGAUCCUCAGAAAACUUUCCAGGUUGAGCACCUAGAAAGUUUGUCUCUGUGCCAUGGUAGUAACCCUGUCAUUGCUUUGGUUAAUAAUCGCGAUGACAGCACAUCACAUGUAGGCUCUGGAGGGAUGGGCACUGGCAACAGUACUUUUGACUCAUCUUUACAAACUGUCAACUCCACCCCUGUUCAAGUAAUCCAGUGCUAUCCACAACCACCCCGACUCACAUUCACUUCAGAUGAGAGUCCUUUAGCAAAUCCUUUGCCUUCAACAGGCCCAGUCAAAUCAUCAAGACUUUUUUCACCAUACAGUAGUACAUUUAGCCCCCUUACUCCCAGCUUUGGUGUUUUACCUCUUGAAUCACCAUCAGCAAAUGAUAGUUUAUCAUUCAUGUCACCUUUACCUUCAUCAAACAUGCUGUCAGAAGCCAAUGAUCAAAAAGUGCUUGUAAAGCGUGCAAGUAGACCACGGACACAUCACAUAUUAAAUCGCAAGGAAAUACCUCUUCAAGGUAAAGUGUUUUCUCAGUCUGGAAACACUAGUCAUGCUACUCAGACCACUGCAGCACCACCCAAUGCAACACUUCUUGCAGGCCAUCACGGUCAAAACGUCAGACGUAGUUCUAGACUUUUCAGCAGCAACAAUUAUUCUGUUAAGGAAAAUAAUAAGAGUCCAAGCCGCAACAAGUUUGUUACGCCUAAAUCACCCUCUCGAAAAACCAAGGCCAGAAAUAUUUCAAAGGCGUCAUUGAGCAAUAAGUCAACCUUUACCGAGCUAAAUGAAAGAAAUAAGGUUGCUAAUGUAAUGGAUUGUGAGAAGGCUGAAACAAUUGCUUCUGCUGAGACGAAGCCGAAUUUCAAUGUCUCAUCAUCAUCAGUUAAUGUUGCCCAGCAGGCACUCAUUCUUCAGAAACAAUCAGCUGAAGGUCUAAUGGCUUUACUAAGGGAAAUUGGCACUGCGUAUCAACACCUGUCUCAAUACAAUUGUCGUAAAGCCAUUGAAUGCCUUGAGGCACUCCCUUCUCAACAUUUUAACACUGGUUGGGUGCUCUCAUUGAUGGGCAAAGCUUAUUUUGAACUAAGUGAUUUCCAAACUUCUGUCAGAUACUUCCGUGAGGUGAGGGAUCGAGAACCACACAGAACUCAAAUGAUGGAAAUCAUGAGUACAGCUUUGUGGCACCUUCAACGGGAUGUUGAACUUUCUGCGCUUGCUCAAGAGCUUGUGGAACAAGACAGAAUGUCCCCUGCCGCAUGGUGUGCAGCUGGAAACUGCUUCAGCUUGCAAAAAGAACAUGAAGCUGCCAUCAAAUUUUUUCAACGGGCGGUGCAAGUAGAUCCUAGUUUUGCUUAUGCCUACACUUUGCUUGGUCAUGAGUAUGUGACUACUGAAGAAUUAGAUCGUGCAAUGAGUGCAUUUCGCUCUGCUGUGAGAUUGGAUUCUAGGCAUUACAAUGCAUGGUAUGGCAUAGGCUCUAUUUAUUCUAAAGAAGAACAGUAUCAAUUAGCAGAAUUUCACUUUAAGAAAGCACUUGCCAUACACCCUCAGAGUUCAGUCCUCAUGUGUCAUAUUGGAGUGGCUCAGCAUGCUUUACAAAAGGCAGACAAAGCUCUACAAACCCUAAGUGCAGCAGUUGCCAAUGAUCCUAAAAACCCACUCUGCAAGUUCCAUAGAGCUUCUAUAUUCUUCGCAGCUGGCCGAUAUGCUGAAGCCUUGAAGGAGUUAGAAGAGCUAAAAGAAAUUGUACCUAAAGAAAGUUUGGUUUAUUAUCUCACAGGAAAGGUUCAUAAAAAACUGGGUAAUUCCCAUUUGUCCUUGAUGCACUUCAGUUGGGCGACAGAUCUUGAUCCAAAGGGAGCUAAUAGUCAAAUCAAGGACGCUAUUGACCCUGCCAUUAGUCGAAAUCUCAGCCAAGCAGACACUUUAGAUGACUCCACCCAAACUCAUGCUGAAGAGAACUACCAAAGCGAGGAAAGCUCUGCCCCUGCUCAAGACUCAUCUCAGGAAGGUGGGGAGUACUCUGUUAUGCAGGGAGGAGGAGAAAGUGAUGAGAGUCUCUGACCCCUGCCUAAUUUUGACUUUGAUCAUAAUUUUGAAAAUUUAGAUGUAAUGUUUGUUUAAGAUAUAAACUUCCUUUUUCUAUAAUUUGAUUUUCAAUGCCGCGUUUUAGUAGAUUGAAAAAACAAAUGAACAAGUUUCAGCUGAUUAUGACAAAGUACCCACAAGAUUUUGGCUCAGCUUCUUUUAUUACUUACUGUAAUAAAUAAGUGCCUUCUUCUUCCCCUUUAUUUUGUUAAUAACCAUUGCAGCACGUUCUUGGUAGUUGAUUUUUUCCGUCAUCAUACAUUAAUGCAUGUAAGCUUUCAAUUAUUCUUUCUCUUUUUAUUUCAGACCAAGAAAGCUAAAUCAGAAUCCCAGGUUCAGUGUUUCUAUUAGAAAUGGUCUUGACUUAAUGUGGAAUCAUCCAGAUCUCAAUUCAAGAUUUUGGCAUAAUUAGAUUUUUGCUCAUGGGAACUUAAGUUUAGUUACAAUGAUUCCAAUAUUAUUUGAAAAUUAUGUCUUAAAUACAGAGGCCAAACAGUAAUGUAAAUACCAAGGUUGAAAAUAGUGUAAGCACAUACUCAAAAUAUUUUCUAGGUGGUUGUUUGUGCUUCUGACUGAAAAUGUGUCUAAUAAGUCUUGUAAGGAAGUGUGUGUUGUGGAAGCCUAUUCAUUGUCUUUAGUACCCAGUUCUGAUUCCCUUGUAGAUGGCUUUCUAUUUGCAUAGAACCGGUCAAUUAUUUUUAAAAAUAAAUUAGCUUUUUGUGCUGCUUUUUCUGUUAUAAGUGAAGUUUGAGACCAUGUAUUUAACUGUAUGUAGAUAACUGCCAUUUUGAUACAUUGUGAAUAACUACUGUGUGAAUGUAAAUUUUAUAAAUACAGACAAAUUGUAAAUAUUCUGUCUAUAUUUUCAGUGGAUGUUGGUCUGAGUACUGAUGUGUGUAUGUGUGUCUGGGAUAUCCUGUAAAAUUCCCUUGAGUAAGGUCAAGAAAAUAAACAGAAAACAUCAGUCACAAAUUUUACCUCUGGAAAUCUAUUGACUGACUAAUCUGUGACCUCUUAUUACUCUGCCUGCACCUCAUUUGUGGUGAAAUGCUUUUGAUAUUAAUUCUUAUGAUGUGAACUGUGUCUUAGUGUUAAAAGCAGAUUUAUUUGUACUGUAUAUUUUAUGAGUUAAAGUUGUUUUUUUGUUUUAUUCUAAGUGCUAUCAAUUCUAUAUCAUAGUUACCUUUAGUUUGUAUUUUAAAUAUCACACAUUCUGCUAUUUGACUGGUAUUUGUUUCUUUGUUUUAUCUUGUCGUAUCAAUUUUCCUUGAACGCCAACAAUGAGUAAGUCAUCUUUCAUUGCUGUGGACCAUUUAUUUUCUCCUUACCCUCUCAUUUUCACUUCUCUACCAGAAACUUCUGUGAUGAAUUUCUAAGUGGUGUUGGUGUUCAUUUCAUCAAGAAUUCCUCAUCGUUCUGGUUGUGUCAGCUCGUAACCAUGUACUUAAAUAGUGUGCUUUAGUAGGUAUGCAUGCAACUUGCAACUUCUCAAUUUGGAUGUUUUGUUUACCUCAAUUGUUUUCUGGUAAAAUCAUCUUACUUUUUGACUUGUGGAGCAUUCACGUCACUGGGUGAGACAGUAUUGUGGUUAAAUUUAAUGUAAGUUUUGAGGUGCCAAGACUUUUGUAUCAGAAUUUUGUUUUUGACUACACUGCUUGUGAAACUUGAAAUAGUAUGGCAAACAAGCAGAAACAUUUCAUCAGGUUCAGUCACAUUGGCAGUUGAAGUAUAUUUUUGAAAAUGCAGUCAUAUACUCUUACCAACUUUGUGAUGCAAUUGUAGUGUGCUUCAUAGCAGAAUUAAAGUAAUGAAUCUCCAUCAAGUUAUUUAUGGGUACGUUUCAUUUAUUUGUGGUUAAUUUGUGCUCCGUCCUUUAUUGGUUGCCUGGAUUACAACACCUGUACCCCAUUCCCGUUGAUGCCAAAAAAAAAAAAAAGAAAGAAA